AUGGCUAGAAUACGAAGUGUCGGGAAGGGGUUUUAUGGCUACUCGGAGGUGUCAUUUCCAUCGUUGGAAACUCUUUCUUUCCAGGAUAUGGAAAGAUGGGAAGGCUGGAUUCCACAUGAAAAUGAAGAAGCUAAAGGUUUUCCUCACCUUAGAGAACUUUCUAUUAGAAGAUGCUCUAAGCUGGUAGGAUUAUUGCCAAAACAUCUUCCUUCUUUGGAAAAGCUUGUCAUUAGAAGCUGUGAGCAGUUGCUCGUAUCAAUUGAAAAUCUUCCAAGACUCUGCAGAUUAGAAAUUGAUAAAUGUGAACAGAUGGCGUGGGCAAAUACAAUCCACCUCAGCUCACUGAAAUCAGUGGUUCUUUCUGAUAUCUCAACUCAUAUUUGCCCAACAGAAAGAUUUACACAUGGGUUAUCAAAAGUAGAAGAAAUGAAGAUUGUUGGUUCUAAAAAGCUGACAUCUUUGUGGCGAAGGGAACAACAACAACAACAACAGCAGCUUGGGAUGCCUUGCAGACUUGAGUAUCUGGAAUUGAAUGAAUGCAUGCGCUUUGAAAAGCUACCAAAAGCAUUGUGCAGCCUUAGUUUUCUUAAGGAAAUAUACAUCCAAGACUGCCCAAAACUCGUUUCUUUUCCAGAGAUUAGCAUGCCCCCCCAGCUAAGAAUCAUCGGAAUUGCAAAAUGCAAUGCACUGAAAUCGUUACCUGAGGCUUGGAUGAACAGCAACAAUGCAUAUCUUGCAAGCUUGUCCAUUAAAGAAUGCGAUUCUUUGACAUAUAUAGCCAAAUUUAGGCUUCCGUUGAAUCUGAAAUGGCUAUCUAUCAGCUGCUGCAAUAGUUUAUGCACUUUGAUCGAUGAGGAGGAGACUACUGACAGUGAAACCAACAGCAACAGCUCUCUUCUAGAGUACUUGGCAAUGGAAUAUUGUCCAUCUCUCACAUCCUUGUGGUCAAAAAGUGAGUUACCUGAUACACUUGAACACAUUGAGCUUUCCAGGUGCUCAAAUCUUGCUUCCUUGUCAUCAAGAGGCAAUCUACCCAUGGCACUUAAAGACUUGAUGGUUUACGACUGUUCCAAGCUAGAAUCAAUUGCAGAAAGAUUGCUGAAUCUCACAUCUCUUGAACGUAUCAGGAUUUCUUGUUGUGAUAAUCUUGCAUGUUUACCUCAGGAUCUUCACAAGCUCCGCCAUCUUCAAGAGAUGACUAUAUCUCGUUGUUCAAAUCUUGUUUCCUUUCCGGAAGGAGACUUGCCUUCCGGGAACCUGAAAUUGCUCCGCAUAUACAGCUGUGAGAAACUGAAGGCCCUACCCAACCGCAUACACAAUCUCACUGCACUUAAAAAUUUAUCAAUAACAGAUUGUCCAAGCAUGGCCUUGUUCCCUGUCCAUGGCUUUCCGAUCAGCCUUGCAUCACUUGAAAUCGAUGAUUUGGACAUCUUUAAACCACUGUUCGAUUGGGGCCUCUACAGACUCACUUCUCUUAGAGAUCUCAGGAUUGGUAAGGGAUGCCCAGAAGUGGUGUCAUUUCCACAAGAAGAGAUUGGAAUGAUGCUUCCGACAUCUCUAACCCAUUUGAAAAUUGAAAAUUUCCCGAAUCUGGAACGCCUGUCAUCUGAUAUUCAGAAUCUGACUUGCCUGGAAGAACUCUCCCUUUCUGCAUGUCCUAACCUCAGAUUUCUUCCUGAGGAUGGCCUGCCUUCCUCUCUUCUGAAACUAAAUAUCAAUAAAUGUCCAUUGCUCAAACAAAUGUGCGAAAAGCAUAGAGGACAGAAUUAUUGGCCAAUGAUAGCACGCAUACCUUACGUUUGCAUUGAUCUGAAUUUCAUACCGGCAUACGGACCCCCACAGUCAAUAUUGAUCUCCCACAACCUGUUCCCGAGGAGACAACAUCUAGGCCCUUUUCAAAUCCAGGCCCUUGCACAGAAUCUUAUUUUGGAGGAACAAGAACAGGCUAUUCCCUGUUGCAGUUCCUAUUGA